UCGGGAGUUGUUUUGGGGAUUGAAAAAUUGUUACCGAACCCUCCGGAGGACAAAGUCCCCCAUCUCUCUGGCCUCCGGGUUCUUUUCAUUCAUUCCUCUGCCUUCGCCCCUGUAGCUGAAUCCUGUCCUCAGCCGUGGGGCGAAGUGGUGAACAAAGUGCGCAAGGACCCCAGCUCUCGUGCGGAUUACAUUUCAUUGGGGCGGAGGCUAGACAGUAUAAGCAAAUAAACAAGCUUAGCGGAUCCGGUCCGACAUAAAAUGCAAAUGAUAAAGGAGAAUGAUGCGCUAGGAGAGCGCGGCUGCUUUAACCAGAGUGGUUAGGAUGUCCCUUGGAUAGCUGGGAAAGAUGAGAAAGAGGCGGGGAAGCACAACUAAGAAGGUCUAGGUAAAAAAGGGGCCAGAGAAGGUGUUGGUAAGGAGGCUGGGUUUUGUUCUGAGACGGCUGGGAAGCCACUGCAGGAUCUUGAGCAGAAGCAGUGCUGGUGUCGGUGUGUUGCCAUUUCCUGUGACCCAUUAGUGAACUUUUCCCUGGGUAGGCUGGGCUCAGCAGCUGCCCAGAGAAGCUGUCCUCUCAUCUGUCCUUCUUGGAAGGAUAAGAAGAUGGCCUCGAAGCGUGUCACCCAGGAGACCUUCGAUGCUGCCGUGCGUGAGAACAUUCAGGAGUUUGACAUGGGGCCGGAGGAGGCAGUGAAGGAAGCUGUGGAGCAGUUUGAGUCGCAAGGGGUUGACCUGAGCAAUAUUGUAAAGAUGGCACCCAAAGUCUCUGCAGAUGGACCCCAGGAGGCCACACAUGACAUCCUGCAGGCCCUAGAUGACCUGCAGAAGUCUGUGACUCACUCUCGUCCCCAGGAGGUAUCAGCACAUCUUGCCCGCUUUCUGGAGCAGUGCAAGCUGCACAAAGCUUACCGCUUCCUGGCAGCACAGAAGGGGGCUUACCCUGUCCUGCUUGCUACCUGGCAGCUGGCUUCAGCGGGUGACCAGGACCUCCUGCUUCAGUCCCUCAAUGCCCUUUCAGCUCUGACUGACGGUCAGCCUGAUCUUCUGGACACCCAGGGCCUGCAGCUGCUGGUGACCACGCUGGCCCGUAACACCAAUGCUGCAGAGCUGACCUGCUCCGGGAUCCGCUGUGUACGCCAUGCCUGCCUGAAGCAUGAGCACAAUCGACAGAGCCUGGUGAAGGCUGGUGUACUGCCCCUUCUAACUGGCGCCAUUGUCCGGCACAGCUGCUGCGCUGAAGUAGUCAGGGAGGCCUGCUGGGCACUGCGUGUCAUGACCUUUGAUGAUGACAUCCGUGUGCCCUUUGGCCACGCCCAUGACCAUGCUAAGAUGAUCGUGCAGGAGAAUGGAGGCUUGAAAGUGCUCAUCCAAGCUGCUAAAGCUUUCCCCGACAACCCCAGCGUCCUGAGUGAGCUCUGCAGCACCCUGUCCCGCCUGGCAGUCCGCAAUGAGUUCUGCCAGGAGGUGGUGGACCUCGGGGGCCUCAGCGUCCUGGUGGCCCUGUUGGCCAACUGCAGCGACCACCAGGAUCUGGUGAAGCAGGUGCUAAGCGCAUUGCGGGCCAUUGCAGGCAACGAUGAUGUGAAGGAUGCCAUCGUGCGUGCUGGUGGGACAGAGCCCAUCGUGGCGGCCAUGACCCGGCACCUGACCAGCCCACAGGUGUGUGAGCAGAGCUGCGCAGCCCUCUGUGUGCUGGCCCUGCGCAAACCAGAGAAUAGCCGUGUCAUUGUGGAAUGUGGUGGGGCGCUGGCUGCUCUGCAAGCCAUGAAGGCACACCCACAGGAGGCUGGCGUGCAGAAACAGGCCUGCAUGCUGAUCCGUAACCUGGUGGCCCGCAGCCAGGCCUUCUCACAGCCCAUCCUUGACCUGGGGGCCGAGGCGCUCAUCUCUCAGGCCCGUGCCACCCACCGAGACUGUGAGGAUGUGGCCAAGGCUGCCCUGCGGGACCUAGGGUGCCAUGUCGAACUCCGAGAGCUAUGGACUGGCCAGAAGGGUGACCUGGCACAGUGACCUCAGGCUUGGCCUGGGUGUGACCCGGCUGAGUUGUAUGACUCAGGAACAGGGCAGGGGGAAGUCUAUAUCUUGCUGUGCUGCCCCCAGCCCUGGCCCUUCAGCGCUAGGGAUAGGCUGGGGGUGGGAGGGGGCAUUGAUGAGGUGUCUACACUGCAGAAAUCAACCCCUGGGUCCCAGCCUCUCCUCUCCAGCCAAAGACAUUGGCAUCAUCCAUCCUAUACCCCUUGCCCCCACGCUCUUUCCAACCAGAAGCGUUUGUUCGCCAGUCUGCUGUUUGGGCGCCAAAGGUGGUCUGGGAUUUGCAGUCAUACUAGCCAGUCUCAGAGAAGGCCAGGGAGCCGCUCCUACGUGUUUUCCCUUGUCCUGCUUGUUUUCCUCACUGUAAAUGGGUCCCAGAUAUCUUGUUCUGCUGGCCAAGGGGUAGGGACUGAGGCUCGUGCACCUCAGGGACCCAGGCCAGCCACUGGUACUAGUAAUAAAGGACAUUGGAUGAAUAUUGGAGCAGUAUUGUCUCUUUUGUGGUUUAGUUGGGUGUAGGAGCUGCAGCCAGUGGACUCCCCAGGGAGGGCAGACUUUGGAGAGGCUGAGGGGGUUGCUGAGGAGAGUGAAGGGCUUGAGAGCAGCCUAAGACUUGU